AAUACAUGUCGACAACAUGUCUCCUCCUCCGUGCCCUUCGAAGAGGUUGGACAUUAUUUUUGGGCCAGCAGCAGCCACUUUCUGAUGGGAUGGCCAACAUUCAGCUGGGGGAGCGUUCAGUGAAGGACGACUUCCCCAAUCUGAGUCAGCACAACAACCACAUGGCCAAGUUGCUAACUAUGGACAUGUACAACAAGCUCAGGGAGAAGUGUACCCCCAACGGCUUCACAAUUGAUGAUGUCAUUCAGACUGGAGUGGAUAAUCCAGGUCACCCCUAUAUCAUGACGGUGGGCUGCGUGGCUGGAGACGAGGAGUCAUAUGAAGUUUUCAAAGACUUGAUGGACCUCGUGAUUCAAGAAAGACAUGGAGGUUACAGACCAUCGGAUGUCCACAAAACUGACCUUGAUCCAGAACAUCUGAAGGGAGGAGACGACCUCGACGCCAACUAUGUUCUGAGCACCCGUGUGCGAACAGGCCGAAGCAUUCGUGGUUAUUGCCUGCCGCCGCAUUGUAGCCGUGGCGAGAGACGUGCUGUGGAGAGGAUCUCUGUUCAAGCCCUGGAUUCCUUAUCUGGAGAAUUGCAAGGGAAAUACUACCCCUUGAAGAAAAUGACUGAAGAAGAGCAGCAGCAGCUGAUUGACGACCACAUGCUGUUUGAUAAGCCAGUGUCUCCUCUACUACUGGCUUCAGGGAUGGCCCGUGACUGGCCCGAUGCUAGAGGCAUCUGGCACAAUGUUGAGAAGACAUUCCUGGUUUGGGUAAAUGAGGAGGACCAUCUGCGCGUGAUCUCCAUGCAGAAAGGCGCUAACAUGAAAGAAGUGUUCACUCGGUUCUGCAAUGGACUCAAAGAGCUGGAGGGCUUGUUCAAAGAAAAAGGGGAAGAAUUCAUGUGGAAUGAGCACCUUGGCUAUAUUCUGACCUGCCCGUCCAACCUUGGCACCGGUCUGCGCGCUGGUGUACAUGUAAAGCUUCCAAAUCUGAGCAAACAUGCAGAUUUUAAGGAGAUUCUUAGGCGGCUGAGACUUCAGAAACGUGGAACCGGUGGUGUGGACACAGAUGCCGUGGAUGGAGUCUUUGACAUCUCGAAUGCUGACAGGCUGGGCUUCUCUGAAGUGGAGCUGGUGCAGAUGGUGGUUGAUGGUGUCAAGGUUCUGGUAGAGAUGGAGAAGAGGCUGGAGAUACAAGAGCCGAUUGACACCCUGAUGCCCACUGAAAAGAGUAUCGUCAAAGAACCUGAGGAAAAGCCUCAGCCUGAGCCCAAGAAGCUGACACCAGAACAGGAGUUCCCAGACCUCAGUCAGCACAACAACUACAUGGCCAAGCAUUUAACUUUGGACAUGUACAAAAAACUCAAGGAGCGCACUACAUCCAAUGACUUCACAAUAGAUAAUGUCAUUCAGACAGGCGUCGACAAUACUGGGGACCCUUUUGUCAUGACUGUGGGAUGUGUGGCUGGAGAUGAGGAGUCGUAUGAGGUCUACAAAGACCUAAUGGACCUUGUGAUUCAGGACAUACAUGGAGGUUUCAAACCAACAGACAAGCACAAGACUGAACUCAAUCCUGAAAAACUAAAGGGUGGUGAGGACCUCGACCCUAACUACGUUUUGAGUUCCCGCAUCCGCACCGGUCGUGGUAUCCGUGGAAUCUGCUUGCCACCGCAUUGCAGCCGCGGAGAGAGACGAACUGUGGAGAAGCUUGCGAUCCAAGUUCUGGAAUCAAUGACUGGAGACAUGCAAGGCAAAUACUCUCGCUUAAAGGACAUGACUGAAGCUGAGCAGCAGCAGAUGAUUUACGACCACUUCUUGUUUGAAAAGCCAGCGUCUCCUUUGCUGCUGGCCGCAGGGAUGGCCCGUGAUUGGCCAGACGGCAGAGGCGUCUGGUAUAACGAAUACAAGACGUUUAUCGUGUGGGUGAAUGAGAAGGACCAUCUGAGGGUGAUCUCAAUGCAAAAAGGAGGCAACAUGAAAGAAGUGUUCACUCGCUUCUGUGAUGGACUUGCUGAGAUGGAGUCGUUAUUCAAGAAGAAAGGUUACGUAUUUAUGUGGAAUGAUCACCUUGGCUACAUUGCCACCAGCCCUUCCAACCUAGGAACCGGUCUGCGUGCUAGUGUUCAUGUCAAGCUGCCCAACAUGAGCAAGCACCCAGAUUUUGAUGAGGUUCUCAAGAGACUGAGGCUGAAAAAACGUGUCGUGAGUACAGCCGGUGGGGACGCAGCUGUCGCAGAUGGAGUUUUUAACAUCUCCAACAUUGACAGACUGGGUUACUCCGAGGUGAGACUGGUUCAGAUUGUGGUCGAUGGCAUCAGGGUGCUGGUAGAGAUGGAGAAGAGGUUGGAAAUGGAUGAAUCCAUUGACGACCUGAUGCCAAGCAACAUUGAGCUGAAGGGGCUGACCGCUAAGGAUGAGUUUCCAGAUCUCAGUAAGCACAACAACCACAUGGCCAAACUAUUAACCCUGGAAAUGUAUAAGAAGCUGAAGGAUCGCACCACCCCCAAUGGCUUCACAAUUGACGAUGUCAUUCAGACAGGCGUGGAUAAUCCAGGUCAUCCCUAUAUCAUGACUGUUGGCUGUGUGGCUGGAGACGAAGAGUCUUAUGAAGUUUUCAGAGAUCUGCUGGACCUUGUGAUUGAAGAUAGACAUAAAGGUUACAAAGCCAAAGACAAUCACAAGACUGAUCUCAACCCAGAGAAUCUGAAGGGUGGUGACGACUUAGACCCGGAUUAUGUUCUGAGUUCCCGAGUGCGAACAGGCCGCAGCAUCCGCGGCUUUUGCUUGCCGCCACUGUGCAGUCGUGGAGAAAGACGUGCUAUUGAAAAGCUCUCUGUUGAAGCCCUGGACACUCUGAGUGGAGACCUACAGGGAAAAUACUAUGCCUUAAAGAACAUGACUGAGGAGGAACAGCAACAGCUGAUUGACGAUCACCUGCUCUUUGACAAGCCAGUGUCUCCUCUGCUGCUGGCUUCAGGAAUGGCUCGCGACUGGCCUGACGGAAGAGGAAUCUGGCACAAUGAAAGCAAGACAUUCCUGGUGUGGGUGAAUGAGGAGGAUCAUCUGCGCGUGAUCUCCAUGCAGAAAGGCAACAAUAUGAAGGAAGUGUUCACUCGCUUCUGCUGUGGACUCACUGAGAUCGAGGCCGCGAUUAAGCAGAAAGGUGAAGCAUUCAUGUGGAAUGAGCACCUUGGCUACAUCCUGACUUGUCCAUCAAACUUGGGCACCGGUCUCCGCGCCGGUGUGCACGUUAAACUGCCAAAAAUGAGCAAGCAUCCUGAGUUUGGAGAGGUUCUUAGGAGGCUGAGACUCCAGAAACGUGGAACUGGUGGUGUGGACACAGAUGCUGUGGAUGGGGUUUUUGACAUCUCCAAUGCAGACAGGUUGGGUUUCUCUGAGGUGCAACUGGUCCAGAUGGUAGUUGAUGGCAUCAAGCUGCUUGUGGAAAUGGAAAAAAGGCUGGAGAAGGAGGAGUCUAUAGAUGACCUAAUGCCAGCUGAUCGCCAGUUAAACGUGUUUUCUGCUGAGCAAGAGUUCCCAGAUUUCAGCAAGCACAAUAAUCACGUUUCCAAGUUUUUAACCCUGGAAAUGUACAAGACGCUGAGGCAGCGUUGCACUCCCAAUGGCUUUACCAUAGAUGAUAUCAUUCAGACCGGCGUGGAUAAUCCAGGUCACCCGUUUAUCAAAACUGUGGGUUGUGUUGCUGGAGAUGAGGAGUCUUACAAGGUCUUCAAAGACUUGAUGGACCUUGUGAUUCAGGACAGACAUGGAGGAUACAAACCGAGAGAUAUGCACAAGACUGACCUGGAUGCUGACCACCUCAGGUGGAACAACGACCUGGACGCAAAAUAUGUUCUGAGCUGCAGAGUCCGAACGGGACGCAGUAUCCGUGGGUUCUGCCUGCCCCCACUCUGCACUCGUGGAGAAAGACGUGCUAUUGAAAAGCUUUGCAUUGGCGCUCUAGAUGCACUGUCUGGAGAAUUUAAGGGAACAUAUUAUGCCUUGAAGAAGCUGACAGAGGCUGAGCAGCAGGAUCUGAUCAAUAACCACUUCCUCUUUGACAAGCCAGUGUCACCUCUGCUGGUGGCCUCCGGGAUGGCCCGUGACUGGCCUGAUGGUAGAGGCAUUUGGCACAAUGACAACAAAACAUUCCUGGUGUGGGUGAAUGAAGAAGACCAUCUACGAGUGAUUUCCAUGGAGAAAGGCGGCAACAUGAAGGAUGUGUUCACUCGCUUCUGCACCGGUCUCAAAGAGAUUGAGGCUGUAAUUAAAGAGAAAGGUGAGGCCUUCAUGUGGAAUGAACAUCAUGGCUAUAUCCUGACUUGCCCGUCCAACUUGGGCACUGGUCUGCGUGCCGGUGUACAUGUGAAACUCCCGAACCUGAGCCAACACCCAAAGUUCAAGGACAUUCUUACGAAGCUGAGGCUCCAAAAACGUGGCACUGGUGGUGUGGACACAGCUGCUGUGGAUGGAAUCUUUGACAUCUCAAACACUGACAGACUAGGCUUUUCCGAGGUGCAACUUGUUCAGAUUGUGGUCGACGGUGUGAAGUUGUUGGUGGAUAUGGAGAAGAAGCUGGAAAAGGGUGGUUCCAUCAACAAUCUGAUGCCCGGUAAACUUAAGAUGAAGAAAAUGUGUCCUGAGAUGGACUUUCCAGAGCUCUCUAUGCACAACAACUACAUGGCCAAGUUCUUAACAUUAGACGUGUACAAAACGCUCAGCGAGCGGAAAACCCCUUAUGGCUUCACUAUAGACCACGUCAUCCAGUCAGGCGUGGAUAAUCCAGGUAGCCCAUUCUCUUUGAGUAUGGGCUGCGUGGCUGGGGAUGAGGAGUCAUAUGAGGUCUUCAAAGAGCUGCUGGACCUUGUCAUCGAGGAUAAACAUGGAGGUUAUAAGCCAACAGAUGUGCACAAGAGUGAUUUCAACCCAGAGAAUCUUUUGGUAUAUCGUUGAUUGUCAAGACCAGUUGUAUGGAUUUGUAGUAAGUGCUUUUUCUUUAAGGGGGGUGAUGAUCUUGAUCCCAACUACGUUAUGAUUUCCCGUGUCCGAGGGAGUCGCAACAUUCGAGGCUUCCGACUGCCAUCACAUUGCACCCGUGGAGAGCGACGUUUCCUAGAGCAGAUCAUUGUUGAAGUUCUUGGAUCAGUUGGUGGAGAACUGAAAGGGAAAUACGUGGCACUGAAGAGCCUGUCAGAACCUGAGCAGAAGCAAAUGGUUGACGACAACCUGCUGUUUGAAAAGCCAGUGUGUCCUCAAGUGCUGAGCUCGGGGAUGGCCCGUGAUUGGCCCGAUGGCAGAGGCAUCUGGCAAAAUGAUGACAAAUCAUUAUUGGUGUGGCUAAAUGAGGAGGAACAUUUAAAAGUCAUCUCCAUUGAGAAAGGUGGCAACAUGAAGGCAGCGUUUACUCGCUUCUGCAGCGGAAUUAAAGAGUUUGAAUCCAAGCUCAAGGAGAAAGAGCUCGAAAUCAUGUGGAAUGAGCAUUUGGGUUACAUCUCGACUUGUCCCGCCGAACUGGGAACUGGUCUGCGCGCUGCUGUGCAUGUGAAGCUGCCCAAUAUGAGCAAACGCCCUGAAUUUGAUGAGGUUCUCAAGAGGUUGAAACUGGAGAAACGCGCAACUGGUUGCGCAGAAAACCAGACAGAGAAUGGAAUUUCAGACAUUUCCAAUGCCGACAGACUGGGUUUCACUGAGGUGCAGCUGGUACAAAUGGUAGUUGAUGGCGUCAAGGUGCUGGUGGAGAUGGAGAAGAGGCUUGAGAUGGAAGAGGGCAUUGACGAUCUGAUGCCUGUCCAGAAGUAGAACCACUGACAAAUCAUAUAUUCAGUAGUUAACGUUUUUCUCCCACAAAGCAUUGUGGCCAUUUAGUUUUGAUGGUUUUCUUAUCUUUGAAGCAGUUCUGUCGUGUUCUGAAACCUGUUCAGAUCUCGGCCUUUUCACUGUGACACCGUGUGCAAAUAAACUUUGUAACUGUCCCCAUA